AUGGCCUCCCUCGAUUCCGAGACUCCUCACUCGAUCAGGAUCCUGACCCUCAAUUGUUGGGGGCUCAAGUACCUCGCAACCUACCGCCAUGAACGUCUUGCGGAGAUCGGCCGGCAGCUUGCUCUCGCCAACCCACCCCCCGAAAUAGUAGGCUUGCAAGAAUGUUGGACACAACAAGACUACGAAAGCAUCCGCGACCAAACCCGACACAUCCUCCCCUAUGCCAAAUUCUACUUCGGCGGCAUCUUCGGCGCGGGCCUCGCAAUCUUAUCGAAAUGGCCAAUCGAGGAGAGCAGCAUGUACGCCUACCCGUUAAAUGGACGACCAACAGCAUUCUUCCGCGGCGACUGGUUCGUGGGCAAAGGCGUGGGCUGUGCCCGAGUGCGCUUCGGCCCUGGAGCUGACGACAUCGCCGAGGUCUUCACAACCCACUUGCAUGCACCCUAUGAACGCGAACCGAAUGACUCGUACAUUUGUCACAGAACCGCGCAGGCGUGGGAGAUCUCGAAGCUUAUGCGUGGAGCUGCUGAGCGGGGGCAUCUGGUCAUUGGUCUAGGCGACUUCAACAUGCUGCCCUCGUCGUUUGCACACCGAUUGAUCACCGCGCAGAGCCCUGUGCGCGAUGUCUGGCGGGAACUGCACCCAGACUCAUCCGUCGGCGCUGCAGUUGACGCAGUUGAGAAGGCGAGAAACAAGCCUAUCCCCACGGCGGAAUUUAAUCUGACAGAAAACGGUGCAACUUGCGACGGGGCCUUCAAUACCUGGCGCUGGUCGAAACCUCUGCGCAAGCGUCUUGAAAAGGGCGAGGAGGUUAACAUUGAGAAGGACGUCCCUGAUCCGCGCGCAAAGCGUCUUGAUUAUAUCUUCGUUGGCGACGGUGGCUAUCCGCCGGAUUUCCCGAAGUCACGCUGGUCAGUCGAGUCUGCGCGGCUGAUAUUCCUGCAUCCUCUCACUCCCCCUCCUCUCCAUCCCACGUCGUCGAAGCAGGUAUCUCCCAACUCUGCCCUCUCGCCGGACACAUAUGACCAGAUUAUCGCUAUGAUCGAUAAAUAUGUGCUCCGCGAGCGCUCACAGCGCCGCUGGCGAUUGGCCCACUUCAUAGUAUCCGUCAUAGUUUCAAUCGGAUGCUUUGUUGGGGUUUGGUGGGUCGGAAAUCGUACUUACAUCGGAUUUAUCCUGGUUCUUGUGAGCACUCUCAACUUCGGGGCCGGGAUCCUCGAUGGCCUGAUAGGCGGGCUUUUUGUGUCCAGUGAGCUUCGAGCUCUGAAAGAGUUCGAAUGGGAGGUCAGAAAUGCACAGAACCUGGUUAUUGCUGCUGAGCGGGCGGGUGGGCGUGGUUCUAAUGAUGAGGCCAAGUAA